UUGGGUCCACAGCUCGGGGACUACUUUGUUUUCCAGAGGGUCUUUUCUCAUGGAGCGCGGAGUGACUCCCACCCCGCGGAAGAGACGCGGCAGACGCUGCCUGGUCCUCGGCGUCCUCGGCGUCCUGCUGCUGGUCGUCAUCGUCGCCGUCGUGUUGGGGCUGACGCUCACGCGGAAGGCUCACGCGCUGAAGACGACAUUCAUUGAGAGGUGUGAGGAGUUCAAGGGAUACGACUGUGAACAGGUCUGGGGUGCGUUCCAACAGGCUUACGUGGGGCUGGACCCUUGUAAAAUUCCCCACGAGGCCUACGAUCCUUUGAUCGCCGCGGCCCCUUUGAAACCUGCAUGCAACCGGAUGAUGUUCUGGAGCAAGACGAAGGAGGUGGUCCACGACUUCACUGAGAAGAGCGAUUGUUUUCUCACCGUGGAGGAAACUCUGCUGGGAUCGGUGCUGGAUGGGCUGACCUGGUGUGGAAAGGAGGGCAGCGACGAAACGUUCACGACCGACUGCCCGGGAUGGACCGACUGCGAGAACAACGCCGUGCGCUCCUUCUGGAACCGAGUCUCCGCCGCGUUUGCAGACGGUGCCUGCGGCGACGUCUCGGCGAUGCUGAACGGAUCCAUCGCCACGCCGUUCCAUCCCGCCAGUGUCUUUGCGAGCAACGAGGUGAAGCGGUUCCACUUUCCCCGGGUGAAGAGCCUGAAGGUCGUUCUGGUCACACAGAAGAACUUUGUGACAAACUGCACAAAUGCAUCUUUGAAGGACUUGCAGAAGGAGCUGGAUCCAAACAUUACGUAUGAAUGCAAGGAAGUGGCCGAGUACGUAUACGUAGACGAUGCUGUGUUCGAGGACGUCGCCACAUGUACUGCAUAUCAUAUCUCUCUCUCUCUCUCUCUCCAGGGCCCAGAUCCAGGCCUGCAGCUCUAAUCCAGACAAACCCUGUGGCACCUGUUGGUGAACUGAACGGCAGAUUAUAAUACGAGACACAACCAUAAUCAAGCUGUGAAGUCCCGUCCCUGUAAAUGUAAUAAUGUGCUUUUUAUGCAAUUAUUUUUGUACCUGUAACAGUUUGACUUUUUUAAAGAUCUUUAGUUUAAAAGGAAAAUCUAAUCUUAAAGAUAAGUUGUGGUAAAGGGUCAUGUACUGUGUGUGGGGUGAAAUAUUGGAGCUGCUAUCUAAUUCCACUGACACACUGCCUCCUGGUGGCGGAUUGUUGAAAUGUUUUUAAAUAAAAUGUUAAAAUACGAUUUGGAUUCCUAAAUGUGAUACGAUUGUGAACACAUUUGACAUGAAUCAUCCAAAACAAUAUUGAAUGGAGG